AUCGAGGGAAGUAAGAUCUAUUUUAAAGGGUAGCGCCCUGUAUCUGACCCCAUGUAGAAGCCGGCGAUUUCUCAAGGUGUGCGCCUAAAAAUUUCUUUGAAGCCGGUAUAAACCGAAGACGUUCUUAUUAAUUUUUUUAAUCAGUGUAUAUUUUUAAGACUAUUACUCAUCCGUCUUGUGGAAUUUUUUUUUUAUUUAUCCCACCAAUUCCUCGUGUGGUUACGACCUUAGCCUCGUUCUCAGCAUUCUUUCUCAGAGGUCUAACCACGUGCAAGUUGAUUUACAAUGCCAAACUUACGAUCGUUGGCUCUACCGGUAUUGGCUGCUGUGGGAACUGUAGUUGUAAUAGGAUUAGCAUUCAAAUUUUAUAAAUCUUGGAGCGGUGAAAAGAAAAAGAAGUCUCCAGUUUUAUUGGUUGACCCAGUUGUUAAAUAUAGUUUACCUUUAAUUGAAAAGGAAAUAAUAAGCCAUGAUACAAGAAAAUUUAGAUUUGGUUUACCAACACCGGAUCAUGUACUAGGAUUACCAAUUGGUCAACAUGUACAUUUAACAGCAAAGAUUGGAGAAGAUGCAGUCAUACGUUCUUAUACACCUGUUUCAAGUGAUGAUGAUCAUGGUUAUGUAGAUCUUGUUAUUAAGGUAUAUUUCAAAAAUGUUCAUCCAAAAUUUCCUGAAGGAGGAAAAUUAUCUCAAUACUUAGACAAUUUAAAGAUUGGAGAGACAAUUGAUUUUAGGGGACCUUCUGGUAGACUAAUCUACAAAGGGCAUGGAAAGUUUUCCAUAAAAAUUUUGAGAAAAGAUCCACCUGUAGAAUAUAAUGUUAAAAAGGUUGUGAUGUUAGCUGGUGGAACAGGGAUUACACCUAUGUUGCAGUUAAUUCGGGCAAUAGUAAAGGAUCCUACAGAUGAAACUCAGGCUUCUUUACUUUUUGCUAAUCAAACAGAAAAAGACAUAUUACUUAGAAAUGAAUUAGAUCAGAUUGCAAAAGAUCAUCCUGACAAAUUGAAACUUUGGUAUACCUUAGAUACCAGUAGUGAAAACUGGCCGUACAGUACAGGUCAUUUAAAUGCAGAAAUGAUAAAAGAACACAUGUUCCCUCCAUCGCCUGAUACAAUCGUACUGAUGUGCGGGCCACCUCCGAUGAUCAACUUUGCUUGUAAUCCUAAUCUUGAUAAACUGGGUUACGAUCAAAAAUUACGGUUUGCAUAUUGAAGCAACAAAUUUUUUGUUGAAUUGAAGUGUAGAGAUUGCAUUUGGCUUAUCAAUAUAACUCGUUAAAUGGAACCUAUAAUUUUAAUCUUACGGACACAACAUUCUAUUAUUUUGUAUCUACCACAAAUUGGUUGAUACAGACAAAUGUAUAGUGGCUGUUUAUACUUUAAUAUUUAUGAAGUUUGAAGUUAUGUUAUUUAGUAUAUUGUACACAAAAAUAUUUAAAAGCAAUAUUUAACUGUAUAAAAAAUAAUACGUAGUAUUUUUAUGUACUAUUUGGGAGAAAAAUGUGUACUAUACUUUAAGGAAGAACUGCUUAUAAUAAAAUAUUAAAAUACAUCGAUUACAAAUAUGAACGUUUCUCUAAAAAAUUAGGUAAUUAAACGAUUAAAGAAAAGGAAUAAUUACUUUUAUAUUUUAUAAUUCCAUACUUGCUAUAAAUAUCAUUAAUUUUUCAUUACAAUUUUUAAUUUUGUAUAGAAUAUGUUGCCACUGCAAAAUUUUAGUGCGAAAUAGUAUGUAGGUCCAAGGUAUCAAGCAUUUAUUGAUGUUAUAUUUGUUGUUUUGUUAUAAAAAAUGAUGAUCACAA